GCUUCUAUCUCGCCGCGCGCCACCGACGCCACCGCCGCCUCCGUCGCAGCGCAUACAGAGCCACAUUUAUACGGCAUUUACACAGACCGCGGCCGCACUCAUAAUAGUUCUGCGCCCGCGGCUUAUUCCUUCUCCUCUUCUUCUUCUUCGCGUCGUCCUCGCUGUCAUUUCUGAUUUUUUCACCGCUCGAAUCAUUGACGCUUGAUUCGCCGCUCGAGGACGACCCGUUCUUCUUUCAAAAUAAAUCUAACGAUUCGAGUUUUGAACGCCGACCGCGCCAAAAUUCACCGGCGAGUGAGAGAAAACUGACUUGCUUCGUGUAAAAAAAAAGGACAAUGUGCACAAGUGACGUUUGAAGGGAGGAAAAGCCGAAAAGUUGUAAGAGAAAAACUCGGACGCGCGCACAAUCGUUACUGUAAUCCAAGGAAAAAAUGACUUUCUCCGGGGGCAUGAUUUUGGUCUUGGUCACCAGCGGCGUGUUGAUGACAGGAGGAGCUCGAGGAGGCUCGAGCGAAGGAGUCACGGUACCUCGGCCCGAGGCUACCCUGCUCGAAUUGCUAUCGAGGCCAUUCGCCCCGACCGAGGGUGCGUCCCAAGAGUGCAUCAGGGAUAGCAAGAUUUACUUCGCAGAACUGCGCAAUUAUAAUCCUUGGGCUUUGCAAAUGUUUGAUGCUUCGGCGAAAAUGCCUCCUGGAGUCAUAACUGGUAACGUUCAACAAUUAGGAAACUACGACGAAUGCCUCCAGAUUAAAACCGACCAGACGUUCAAAGCUCAAGCUUGCAGUGCUUCUGUGCAAUUUGAAAUAUUGAAAGGGCCUAAAGUUUCGCGAGACUUGGAUAUGAAAGAUCUACUCAUUCAAGUUGCCAAGGCAUCGAAUUUGAAAGAGGACCUAAAUUUUUCGGUGAAUUACGAAUGGAUGUGGUGCGUACCUUCAAGCUGCAACUAUUCCGAGAUUUCGGAAGCUCUCGAGCUUGCGCUCGACCCGCUCAAAGUCGACGGGCGUUUGGAUUUUGCGGUCGAUCUCAAUUCUCAUUCCUGCCACACCGAUGUAACAGAUCAAAAUAUGUACGAUUUCUUCGAUUGGACUUACAUAGGAGUCUUGCUGGUAUUCGCGGCGAUCAUUAUAGCCAGUACCGCUUACGAUCUGCAUAAGAAAUACAAAGACGAGGACUCAAAGCGCAAAGAUACAAAACAUCAGCUGUUGACGGCAUUUUCACUCCACACGAAUGGUCAAAAGCUCCUGAGCACUAAGCGAUCUGGCGACACGAUACCGUGUUUGGACGGACUUCGCUAUCUCAGUAUCUGCUGGAUCAUAUACGGGCACACUUUUUACUUGGAAGUCGUUGGAGUUAAACUCGCCAAGAAUCAUGUUAUAAAGAUGCACGAAGAUUGGAGCUCGCUGCUCAUUCUGAAUGGCAACAUCGUCACAGAUACGUUUUUCUUGCUCAGUGGAAUUCUAUUGGCAUACACUUUAAUGGCCAAAAAAGGCAAGGACGGCACUCCAACUUUCAGCGUAAUAAAUCUUUACUUGAAUCGCUACUUGAGAUUGACACCAGCUUACGCGAUUAUCGUGGGCUUUUACGCGACCUUGUUUGAAAAAUUGGGCUCUGGCCCGAAAUGGGACACCUGGGUGAACUCCAGCAAAGAGAACUGCCGCGCCAAUUGGUGGAUAAAUCUUUUAUACGUCAACAAUUACGUUAACCUCGAAACCAUGUGCAUGUCGCAGAGUUGGUACUUGUCCGUUGACAUGCAAUUGCUUUGGAUCUCGCCGCUGUUUCUUUAUCCAAUGCUCAAGUGCAACAAGGCCGUUUACUUUUGGGUUGUCACUGGAACUGGUUUACUCGCCUCCAUUCUGAUUCCCUUUGGCAUCACUUACUUUUUAAAUUUGACCGGGACUAUGCUCUAUUACAAAAAUUUAAUGGACGUCACCAAUGUCUAUUUGCAAAUUUACACACGAGUCUAUACGAGAGCGGGGCCGUACAUAAUAGGACUGGCUUUCGGUUACAUUCUAUUUAAAACCAAAAACUAUAAAAUUAGAAUGAACAGAACAUGCGUGGCAUGUGGCUGGCUCGUCGCUACGGCGGUAGGACUCGCAGCUGUGCUCGGCCCACGCGCUAUGUAUUUCAACGAUUACCCGUACAACAAGUGGGAGGCCAGCUUUUACGCGGGUCUGCACAGGCACGUCUUCACCGGCGCCGUGGCUUGGAUUAUUUUCGCCUGCAUCAACGGUUACGCCGGUCCGGUGAACACGUUUUUGUCGUGGCGCGUCUGGGUGCCCCUGUCGAAGCUCACCUACAGCGCCUACCUGACGCACUACAUCGUUCUGCUCUACAACAUCGGCAGCGCCCGCACCUCCGGCAAUCUCACGGGCUACAGCGUACUGCACACCUUCUUCGGCAAUCUCUGCCUCACCAUGUUCGUCUCGCUCUGUCUGAGCUGCUGCUUCGAGAUGCCCUUCAUGACCCUCGUCAGGCUCGCCUUGGUGCGUCGCGAUUCCACCGCGGAGCAUCACCAUCAUCACCAUCAUCAUCAUCAUCACGUCGGCUGCAGUCGUGGUCUGCAGGCCAAGCCGAGCAGCGAGCGAUUCUUCGGCUCGACCGAUUCCGGCGAGAGCAUUUACCGAUCGAGCGAGGAUUUGGCCAACACCGAGUCGGCGGCCAGCAGCGUCGACAGUGUCUACGCGAUCGGCAGCAGCAAUUUCAGCGUCGUCGUCGAGCCGAAGAAACUCGUCGAGGAGGAGGUGGACGCGCGAAAAAGUUACACCGACAUAGGCUAGAUUUUUUUUCACGCGUAGCUCGUCAAAGAUCGUCACGCACAAUGUUCUAUACGCGCUUCAAUUUUUUACCUGCGUUUUUAAGCUAUACGUUUCUGUGUGGUUGCUCGUGUUCAUAGUAUUAUUUAACUGCUGUUACGAUUUGAAAAAAGUCAAAAAGAUAUUACAAAAAAAAUGAGAUUCCUAUACGAUACGUUAAUGAUGAAUGAAUAUUGAACUUUGAAUAUUAAGCAUGUUGCGUGUGUGAGUGUGCAUCGUUUGAUAACAUUAGAGGUGAUUAUUAUUGAUAAAUUUUUGAAUUUGAUUCUCGCUGACACGCUGUAGAAGAAUAAAAUUUCAUAUUAACGCCUCCAAGAUUAUUCAUCGAAUAUUGAAUCAAAAUUUAUGAAUUCUUUGAAAGUCUUUAACAUUCCAAUAUUUGGGAUUACAAAAAAUUGUCUGCUGCACUGAAACAAAUUUUUCUACUCCAUCGUAGGCUUUCUGUGACAAGCUUUUUUUCAUGAUACAGGAAACGCAGUUUCUACGAUGCGGUAAAAAACAUUUUCCAGUGCAAAGAUUGAACGAAACACCAAAAUUAUAAAAGAGAAUUAUGUGUUCUGAAAAAAAGUAUUAAAUUUAAGUGUUAUUGUUAUUGUUAGAAUUACGAAUCAUUCGAUUAAGAUAAAAAUGUUAACUAAAGUUGAAAAUGUGACCAACUAUUUAAAAUUAAAAUUACAACAUUUUUGUAGAGAUACGUGGCAAAUAUCAACUCCUAAUUAAAAAAGGAAAAUGAUCUAGAUUUAUAUGAUGGAUAUUUAAGAAUUUAAAGUCUAAAUAAUGUGUUCAUUAGAAGUACGUAAGAAUAAACAGCAAAUGUACACAAUAUUUCAAGUAAAUAGGUAAAACUUUGAGUAGUUUUACAGUUUCUAUAAACUAUACAAAUAAAUGUUUUACAAAUUAUUACUCAUGUUAUUGUUACAUUGUACUUAGA